UUUCUGCAUUAUUGUAGAGUAGGUCCCUCUGUUUCCAUUAUGUUUAGGUGUGUAAGACUGUGCGAGCAUUCCAGUUCUAUCUCAAGGAGUUUAUUAAACAAAAAUGCACCAAAGACGCAAGCUGUGAUAGUUUCAAGAUAUCAAGAUCAAGUUACACCAGUUCAUUGCAAACAGAAUCGUGCAUUUUAUUCACAAAAGGCGACAUUUCAUUCUGAUCAAUCAUCUAACUAUGGAUCAGGUUUCUGCAUAAUUGGUGGCACUUUAUUUUUUGGCAUUGGGAUCUACAAAUACUUAACUGAAUCCAAAGCAAAUGCUGCAGAAGCUCAGACCCAAGGUAAAUCAGUUGAACAAGCAACUGAAGAUGUUUUUGGUGUUCCCCCAGCGGCAGAGUUUCCUUCACAAGUUCAGUAUUUAUUGAUUGGUGGUGGGACUGCUUCAUAUGCUGCUAUGAGAGCAAUUAAGAAGAGAGAUGUCACUGCCAAGAUUCUGAUCAUUAGUGAAGAUUCCUAUCCCCCCUACAUGAGGCCACCAUUAUCCAAGGAGUUAUGGUACAGUGAUGAUGAGGAAGCUGCUAAAAAGUUACAAUUCAAGUCCUGGAAUGGAAAAUGGAGGGAUGUCUAUUUCGAGAAGCCUGACUAUUAUUGCGCACCAAGCGAUCUACCUGCUAAAUCUGAGGGUGGAGUAGCAGUGGCAAAUAAUACAAGGGUUGUGAGUCUAAACCCAACAGACAACAUUGCCACUCUUAAAGAUGGGACUGAAAUCAAAUAUGACAAGUGUCUUAUUGCAACUGGUGGACAGCCCAAGAAUUUGCCUGUGUUUAGAAAAGCUUCAGCUGAAAUUCAAAAGAAGGUCUCCACCUACAGAACGGCAAGUGACUUCACAGAGUUAAACAAUAUAACAGACGGAGUGAAGUCGAUCACUGUGAUUGGUGGAGGGUUCAUGGGGAGUGAACUUGCAUGUGCACUUGGUCACAAAGGUCAAAAAGUAGGAUUUGAAGUUAAUCAAAUAUUCCCCGAAAAUGGCAACAUGGGAAAUGUUCUUCCUGAGUAUUUAACUAAGUGGACAACCAGUAAAGUAAAAAGUGAAGGAGUGAAUGUGAUCACGGAUACUGUGGUUAAUAAUGUAACGAUGCAGGAUGGCAGGUUAAAACUACAGCUGCGUACUGGACAAGAGAUACUUACUGACCACGUAGUAGUAGCCGUUGGUCUUGGCAUCGACACAAGUCUUGCAGAAUCUGGUGGAUUAGAAACUGAUGAAAGAUUUGGUGGUUAUCGUGUGAAUGCUGAACUUCAAGCUAGAUCUAAUAUCUGGGUGGCAGGAGAUGCUUCGUGUUUCUUCGAUGCAAAACUGGGUCGUAGGAGAGUGGAGCAUCAUGAUCAUGCUGUUGUUAGUGGAAGAUUGGCAGGGGAGAAUAUGGCUGGUGGACAGAAAUCCUACUACCAUCAGUCUAUGUUUUGGUCUGACCUUGGUCCAGAUGUUGGUUAUGAAGCAAUUGGAAUUAUUGAUUCAGCUUUGCCCACUGUGGGAGUAUUUGCUAAGGCAACUGAGAAAGACACACCAAAAGCUGCUGAAGGUGCAGGGUUAAGGGAUGAUGGUGCAGAAAACCCAGCAGAAAAUACUGAAAAACAACCCACCACCACCACCACCACUGCUUCAAGUGAGGAAUUUGGAAAGGGAGUUGUAUUUUAUCUGCGACAACAGAAAGUUGUCGGUGUUUUGCUGUGGAAUGUCUUUGGACGAAUGCCAAUUGCACGAAAGAUGAUAAGAGAUCAACAAGCGUAUGACGACUACACUGAAGUGGCGAAACUUUUCAAGAUUCACAGUGAAGAGCUGGAUUAAUAAAUAAGCUGCUGCCUGUGAAGAAAUCAUGAUGUAGAUGAAAAUCGCUCCCAGAGUUAAUCUGCAAUGUAAUUCCCAACUUUUUCCACUUGUUUGUGUGCGGUGCCUUCUGCUUUUCACAAAAAUUCAUAAAUUGUACCGUUGUUGCUAUAAAAGUACCAUGGUUCUGUAAAUGUUCCGAAAGCAACGAGAAAAAUAAAUUAUCUUUAAGCCAAUGAGGUUCAACAGCA